GUAUGUUCCAGUAUCCGGCUUCUGACAGCUGCUGCAGCCGUUUCAGUUAUCAGCUGGCUUUAGUGCCUUUCGCUGUACUUUCCUCAUACAAACCUUCCAUCUGUUUACGUCUCAAUGGACACUGUUCAGACUAUGGCGUCUGGAUUUUCUCUGGACCUGGGACCACUGAAAGAACCGCUUGGAUUCAUUCGUGUGCUAGAAUGGGUUUUCACCAUUUUUGCCUUCGCUACCGCUGGAGGCUACUCGGGGACAACUCACUUCACAGUCAAAUGCCCCGGAUCUGAGGACUCAAUCGAAGUGAAGCCUGUGUUUGGAUACCCAUUCAGGUUGGCGGCAUACCCGUACAAGAUGCCUUUGUGCGACAGCACCACAUUCAAUGAGACCUACCUACAGGGCGACUUCUCCUCCUCGGCAGAGUUCUUUGUGUGUGUGGGUGUUUUUGGUUUCCUGUACUGCACUGCCACGCUCAUUCUGUACUUGGGCUACCAGAGUGCCUAUCGCCAGACCACUCGCGGACCUUUCAUAGAUCUGGUGGUGACCGCUGCCUUCGCCUUCCUGUGGCUUGUGUCCUCUUCAGCCUGGGGCAAAGGCCUGACUGAUGUCAAGUGGGCCACCAACCCCGAACACCUGGUAGAGAAUUGUGGAAACUGCCAUCCAGGAGAGUUUCCUUCCAUGGGACGCCUAAAUGCCUCAGUGAUUUUUGGCUUUUUAAAUGUGAUUCUUUGGGCGGGUAACUGCUGGUUCAUUUACAAGGAGACGUCCUUCCACAAAGACCCCAGCCCACCAGCCACUAUGGAGGAAGGAGGGGCCCCGGGGCCCUAAGCUUCUCAAGCAUGUCUCUGUAACAGUGAUAGUAAUAAUAAUAAUAAUUAUUAUUAUUAUUAUAUUGUCUCUGUACACAAAGCAGAAAUACUCUGCCCAACACUGGUUCUACAAAAAGGAAGAUUUCAGUUUAAUAUUGCUCUCAUUUGACACAUAGCCUUUUUUAUUCUUACUAACGAGGCGUCAUUUUCUUAUGUCUUUCAGCCAUGCUUCAGCUGUUAUCCUAAAAGGCGUACAUACCAUGUACAAUUACAAUUGGUGUGUAUGUAGGAUUUGUUGGGUGCUGAUAAAACAGCAGGGCCCAUUUGCUUCAGCAUUGCUUGACUGUUUCCCAUAAGGAAAACAAAAUGAAGUUGAUAUACUGUGUUUGGGUGUUUUGUUAAAUUGUUUUCCACUCCUGUGGUGUGGGUUGUUUUGAGUCAGUGCAAACGCUUCAUUUGGUGACUAAAAUAGUGUGUAUGCAUGUAUUAAUCUUUUUUUUCCAGUAAUAAGGAGUAUUAUGCAAAAAGUAGAAGGUAAUAUGCAAAAAUAGCAAAUAACCAAACAAAGUUAAAAGCACUCCUGGUUGUUUUUACAAAUGUACUAAUUCACAUGAAACUAAUGAAGCCGACCUCUGUCUUUCAAGGACAACAUGCAGAAAGAAACCACCCAUGUGCUAGAACUCAAUCUGCAUGACGACAGACUACUUUACCUGCUUCCUGCCAAAGUCCUAGGCUAUGAUGUGAUGUUUUCUCAACCAGGUCUUGGCUGUAUAAUAGAACUACUGACUUCUUGCUUUCUUGCGUAAAUGAAUUGGAGCUUCAAAGCAGCUAAUCAUAAGAUGUCCCCAGCAGCCACGCUGCCCGCACUCAACUGAUAGACAAGUUGUUGGUGACUUUUUCUUUUUUACACUUUUUCCGCCUUCAAGUUGAAAUACUAGUUGCAUACUGUAUGUCCUGCUUCCAUCAGGAACGAGGCCUGCUGUAUUUUGUACCACAGAUUACAUCUUUUUUACAUUACAGUUUUACAUUUAUUUCCUCAACACUAAUAUUCAAUGUGUAGCCGUAUUUAUGCUUGCCACUUUUAUUUUCAUUCGAAAGCCAACAUUGGGUUUCUGUUUGCAUUUCCAUCUCGCCAUUGGAAACAAGAUCAGAGUGCAGCUUCUCGUUGAGUAUUAUUUCUGUCGCAUUGAUUAAUGUGGUGUUCAGGUAGUUAUGCCGCUGCAUUGCUGUCGGCUUGGUUGAUUGAUUAUAAGUUAAUAGACGUGGCAUAAUAUGUUAAGCAUAAUUUCAUUCUGUGUGGGUCUGGGACGCAAAUGUUACAUGAUUGACUACACUACAGCGUGAGAACUAAUGAUUUGAUCCCCUGCUGAUUUUUUUUAAUGGUAAAUUUUUAUUUCAACAGAGCAAGACAGAUGAUAAAAAAUGGUGGGUGGGGAAAAAAACACUAAACGUUUAAAAUUAAUUUGUAUUUAAUUGAGUGUAGCAAGUAUUUGAUUCCAGUGCAAACUGUGACAGUACCAGAUUUUGGUCAGAGAAACAACCCCAUAGCAGAAUGUUUCCACCUCCAUGUGUGACUUUGUUGGGGCGAUAUUCAUCAUUUCCCUGCCUCCAAACAUGUCCAGUACCCUAAGAACUCAAUUUUGGUCUUGUGAUCACAUUCUCCUAAGACUUGUCUGAGUCAUUCCGGUGGUUGUCAAACUUCAGACGGGCUUGUACAUGUCUCUUCUUCAUCCGGGGCCCCUGCAGGCGCUGCAGAAUCUCAAUCCAUUACAGCACAGUGUGUUACUAAGGCCUUUCUUGGUGACUGUGCUCCCAACUCCCUUGACAUCACUAACCAGCUCCUCCCUUGUAAUUCUGUGUCUGUCCACAUAAUGACUUGAGAUUGUGAGCGCUUUUUUUAAUGUGGGUGUUUCAUGGACAUGACGCGGGGUGCUAAACUCGUGCCACGGAGGGCCGAGACACUGCAGGUGAUUUGAAUGAUCAACGCUUCCUUCAGCUUGAGGGAAGACGCUCAUCAAUUAAAUCACCUGCUGAAGAGAGAAAACCUGCAGUGUCUCUUCCCUCUAUGGACACAUGUGCCAUAGCCAGUCUGUGGGGAUCAAUACUUCCUUCACUUCAUCAAAUACAAAUGCUUUUAUAACCUUUAUUUGAUUUAUUUGAUUGUUUAAGAGUCAUGGACUGUUCAUGUCAAUGUAUGCGUAGCUAACAGCAGGAUCUGAUCAUUAUCGUGUAGCAAUAUGGGAACCGUUUACUGUACAAUGUUCUGAUUCUGUACUUGUUGUAGCGAGAAUGUGAAAAUACAAAAAGCAAAACAGGAGCAGGAGAAAAAAAUGUAACAGUCAAAAUGUGUGCAUCCUUGUGCGGCUCAACAAUCCGACCACGUCCAUAGAACUUUUUUUGCCUUGGCCCCUGUGAAUGUCUUGACACAGACUUGCAAGACAGAAUUUAAUGCAGAUUUUGACAUUGUAAGGCUGUUGUCUUCAACUUUUCAUCAACUGAUGAAUGUCCUGUUUCAUUUUAAGUGUAGUUUUCAAUAAAUUACUGUCUUUAUUUAUUUUCUCUUGCUCCUGUUUAUUCUUUUUUGUAUUUUGAUGCGUAUUUACAGUGUGGUUAAAACUGACUGCUGAAAAAAAAAUCUGCCCCCUGUUUCAUUGCAACCCUUGGUGAUUUAUUUUUCAGAUUUUUUUAAGUGUUUCCUGUGCUGAGAAAAAAUCUUUUUGGGAGGUCUGUUUGAAUAUGAAAGUGCCACUGGGGGAAAAGUGUCAAGAUAACAAUAUAUGCGGUAUAUUAAAAAUCAUGGACUACAUCAGUUAAUUUGAAAUCUAUGCUAAAGCUUGUUAGUGAAGUAAAAUGUACUUAUUUGGAUUUGUACUUGUUUAUUCAUGAGUAGUCCACGCUUCAGAUCCACCAAUACUGCAUGUUUAAGAAGAUGUUUGUUGCUUAAGCACUUAAAAGGAUUAAGAAGGGCAAAGUGGUGUUCACACGUAGUAGAUCACCAUGUAAGCACACUUGGGUGAAUGCUUUCUUGAUGUCACAAAAUAACAAAUAAAUUUGAAUGCGCAUGCUUCAAAUUA